CUUCCAUAUUUGAUAGAAAAGAGUCAACGUCUAAAAAUGGUACAAAUAUAAAAUAAAAUAAAAAAAAAAAAUUUUAAAUAUAAAGUAAAAAAGUAUUAAGGAAAAUUUUUAAGCACUGACUUCACGAUUGUCGUAUUUUUCGGUAUUUUCGAUAUUUCCGAUAUGCUCGUCGGACGCGAAAACAAAAAUUAAAAUUAAAAAAUUGAAAAGGAAAAGCGGACGUGUGUAGUUUCAGUGCGUUUUAAAAAAAAUAUUAAAAAAGCCGAUAUCUGCACUUGAUCCAAGCAACAGCCAACAGUGAGCAAGUAGUCCGAUAACCAGGCCUCGUAUUCAAACAAAAGAGAAAUUUUUUGCGUGGUCACCAGUCGGUGGUAUUGCCGUUGCAGUCGUCUGUUUGGGAAGUUGUUGCGCUCCUCAGAGUGUCCGGACACUAGUUUAGAUCUCCAAAAGACAGUAAGCACGGACAGCAGGUGAAAAUCGACGUUGCGAGGCUAAAGUUUUUCAGCUGCAGGGGCGAAGGAAAAACUACGCAACAAACAAACAAUAACAGAGCGGAAAACCCAAACUGCGCAUUGCUUCAACACGGAUCGGAGAAAUGCCGGAAGAAGAGCCACCACAGAAGCCCAUGGAGGAAGGGGAAGACGAGGAGCAAGACCAGGAUCAGGAUCAGGAGCAGGAGCCUGAGCCAGACUUGGCUGAGCCUCAGCUGCAGCAAGACGAACAAGAAGUGGGUCAACCAGAAGAUCAGACGCACAAGCCGGUAGAGGAGCCAGUUGUGGCCGAAUUAUCCGCCGAAGAGAUCCGUGAACGCCGUCUUCGCACCCUGGCCGCUCGAAGUGGCCUGCAAACUGCCCCAAAUACGCUGAGCUCCGUCAGCCCCAGCCCGGAGAAGGCUCCGCGUACACAGACCAACGUUUCUGGAGAGUCUCGAUUGGUUCGCGAUGCCACACCCAACAAAAACUUACCCAACCUUGCAACAAAUGUCGUGCCCAGUUCUGCUUGGCAACCCCUGGACAGCAAGCCAGACAUGGACGUGGAAAUGAAGUCGGUGGCGUCGACACCACAGCAGGACGUGGAAAUGGCAGCCGCUCCAGUGCCAAAGGACGAGGCUAAGAGCUGUUCGAUCAAAUCUAAGGUUCAGGAGCCCAAGGAAUCGGAUGGCGGUCCGGCCAAAAGUGUGGAUGAGCGGAACGAACAGAUGCUCUCCCGUCUGUUGAACGCCACUUGGAACGAGUUCGGCAGCGGCUCCAUUAUCUGCGCUCAGAGCGCCAGCUUCCUGGAGCAGCAGCCAGAUCGCAGAUUCGACUUCGAGUGCAUCGUUUCCAACGUACUCAUGGAAGCGGCUCUGAAAAUAUACAACGAUGAGCUGAACGAGGGCGAGGGCGGCAACGACAUGGAGUUCUCCUCCGCCAAGAAAAUUAAGUCUGAUGACACAGAAGUGCAGGAAAUUCUGGCCAAUGCGGUGGCCUCCGGGGGAGCAGCCAUCUCCGAGGAAGGGGCGGCGGCAGGGGCCGGCAGACCAGAUGGACCAGUAGAUGCGACGACCACUGAAGGGGGAACUACCUGCACGGCGCCCUCUGUACUGAGCAUUGUGACCACCACAAAGCACCAUGUGCUGCUCUACUUGCUGCGUUGCUACAAAAACUACCAGGCGGAGUGUGCCCGGAAAACGGGCAACACCCAAUCAGCCCUGCAAUUGGCAUUCGAGAGUGUGAUGCGAAUGACAGUGCUCGUGCUCACCGACCGCAUCUACCAGAAUCUCAACAGCCACAUGGAUCAAUCGGCGCUCUUAGAGCUCAUGUACAUGGACAAGAUAAGCGAGUCCUUUCUCAUCGAUCUGGUGGCCCACACGUACCAGGAUCGUGAUGUCUUUGACGCGAUUUUUGGUCAGGUGUUGCGCGGUCUUUUUGCGGGAAUGCAGCGCAACAUUUGCACUUCAAAGAUCAAUGUGCAUCAGAUCGACUGGCUGGCCAAGCUGGUGGUCAUUAAGGUGGGAAACGUUAGGCCCAUUGCGGAUCUGGUGUCCCGGCAGCCGAACUUCCUGCCGCCCAUCUGCACCAAAAUCUCUGGCCGAGAGAUUGUCAAGUGCAGUUUCCUGGGUCCCUUCCUUUCCGUUUCUCUGUUCGCCGAGGAGAACGUGAAGUUUGCCGACUUUUGUUCCAAGAACAAAGUUGAAGAUGCGGCCAGCUCGAGACUCCGUUGGGAACUGCACACUAUGCGCACUCAAAUGCACGUGGUUUUCCACUCUCUAUGCGUCAACGCAAGCAGCCGUCCGAAGACGCUGGAAUAUAUCUCCAAGAUCCUGCGUCUCAAUGACCGGCGCGUUCAGUUCGCCAGCGAUGAGAAGCUGCUGGCCAGAGACGGUUUUGUGAUCAACAUGAUGAGCGUACUCCAGCAGCUGGCGGUGAAGAUCAAGCUGGACCGCGUCGACCCCAACUUCCACUACUAUUCAAACUCGCUGGUGAACAUAGAGCAAGACACAAAGAUUCGUUACAACGAUGAGGAGUACCGUAGCUUCCUGGCUCAGGACUUUGCCCAGCCGGUUCCGCUGGAGAAUGUCAACUUCCAGACCCAAUGCUGGUUCCUCACGUUACAGGCCCAUCACCUGGGCUACCUACCCGCCAUCCAGCGAUACCGCCAGAAGGUGCGCGCCAUCAAGGAGCUGCAGAAGCUCAUCGACGAGCUGGAUCGCACUAAGCCGCACUGGGUCAACUCGCGCUACGCCAGCCGCAACAAUCAGUUCAAGGAGCGCUGGGAGAAGCAGCUGCGAAAGCUAACUCGUUCCAAAACAUGCAGCGAAAUCACACUCCUCGACCCAGCUUUGCUCCAGCGAUGCACGGAAUUCUACUCCACUGUCUGCGAGUUCAUGCUGUACCAGUUCGAGGGCCGUCCCAUCGAGGGCCCCUUCAUCUCCAAACGGUCCGUGCAACUGCUGGCGCCAACAGAUGCGUUUUCCGCACUGCCCGAGUGGUACAUAGACGACAUAGCCGAGUUCAUCCUGUUCACCAUGCAGCAUGCCAACGUCGACAUUCGCCAGGGCAUCGACCAUUCUAUCAUCACCUGGCUGCUGACCUGCGUCUGCGCCUCGCACCUCAUCAAGAAUCCGUACGUGACUGCCAAGCUGGUCGAGGUGAUGUUCGUCUUCUCGUUAAAGCCAGCCAACUCUGUGAACACAGCAAUGUGGAACCACGAACUAGCCCAAAAUGCCCUGGUCAGCGCCCUAAUGAGAUUCUACGUGGAUGUAGAGACAACAGGCCAAAGCACUGAGUUUUAUGAUAAGUUUACAAUAAGAUACCACAUCAGCCAUCUGUUCAAAUCUAUGUGGGAGAAUCCCAUUCACCGCCAAGCCGUCAUCUGCGAGUCGCGAGUGGGCAACCAGUUUGUCAAAUUCGUCAACAUGCUGAUGAACGACACAACUUUCCUGUUAGAUGAAUGCUUAGAAAAUCUGAAACGCAUUCACCAGACCCAGCAGCUGCUCGCCGACAAGGCCAAUCUAAGCAAAAUGAGUGCCGAGCAGCAGCAGAGCCGGCUAACCCAGUUGGCGACAGACGAGCGUCAGUGUCGUUCUUACUUGACGCUGGCGCGCGAAACGGUCGAUCUCUUUCACUAUCUGACGAGCGACAUUAAGGAGCCAUUCAUGCGCGCCGAGCUGGUAGACAGGCUCAGCUCUAUGCUGAACUUCAACCUGAAACAGUUGGCCGGGCCGAAGUGCAACGACUUGAAGGUUAAGAAUCCGGCAAAGUACGGCUGGGAGCCGCGCAGCCUGCUGGCCCAGAUCUUCGACAUAUAUCUCCACCUGGACUGUGAUAGAUUCGCUCAGGCCCUGGCCGCCGAUGAGCGCUCCUUCGAUGUGCACAUUUGCAACGAGGCCGCCUCGCGGAUCAAGCGCUUGGCCCUUCGCUCGGCAGUUGAGGUGGAGCGUUUCCGGGCGCUCACCCAGCGAGCCCAUGAAAUUUAUGUUGCCAACCAACAGACUGAGGACGAGUGCGCAGAUGCACCGGACGAGUUCAAGGAUCCGCUUAUGGACACCCUGAUGUCCGAUCCAGUGGUGCUGCCCUCCGGCACGGUGAUGGACCGGGCGAUCAUCACCAGGCAUCUGCUCAAUAGCUGCACAGAUCCAUUCAACCGGCAGCCGCUCACGGAGGACAUGCUGGUGCCGAACAUCGAGCUGAAGCAGCGCAUCGAUGCCUGGCGGAAGGAGCGAAGCGGCAAGCGCAACAACAGCUAAGUCCCGCUGACUACAACAGCAACCUACCCGCAACCCGCAACCCAAGUCUACGCCUAGGACUAGUUUAAUGUGCAGUUUUAGUGUAUUACCUAUCUUCUACAUAUAUUUAUAUACAUACACAUGAAUAUUGUGCAGGAUUAGUUGUGCAGCGGUACUUGCCGGCCAGUUUUUUGCUCAGCAAGUACCCGGUAAUCUAUAAUUGAUCGCAGCUCCGCUCAGGAGUCUUGAUUUUUAAAUGUUUCGAGAAAUUUUCAGAAUUUGCAAAUGUUUCGUUAUUCAUUCUUUUGCUACAACAAAAAUUUCUGUCAAAUUAUAAUCCCAAUAAACUUUAGGUUUUUGGAAAUCCUUGGUAAAAAAAAAAAACGAGAGGUUCUUUUUAAUUAGAUUGCAAUUGGAUUUUAAAAGUAAACAAAUUAUAAAUAUUGGAAAGUAGGGCCAACCAGAGAACGCAUAGUGUUGGUUUUUAUAAAAUUGGAAUUUAUUUUUUUUUACAACUGGAUUCACAAAUAAAGUGUAUUAAAGCGUA